UUAGAUUCCUAGCUCUGCUGCUAGUCUACAUGCCAAUGUGUCCUUGUAUCCCCAUGUUGUUCCCGACAACUGUGCUGUAAAGCGGCUUUGAGUGGUCUUCAAGACUAGAAAAGAGCUCUAUAAAUACAGAUGAUUUAGAAACUUUUAGAGUGUAUUUUGUAGUAAUGAGUAAACAAUUUUGGUUUACAUAGUGUUUGAGGGGUGCCAAAAAAGUUCUUUAUAGAACCAGUUGCAGAAUGUUGUUGUUAUUGUCUUUUACUAAAUAAUCAUGUUUUUGAGUUGAAUUGGGGCCCACAACGUCUCUUGAAACGCACUUGAACUUCCAAAAAUGGAGGUUAGUGAUGAUGAAAGGAGGAGGUGGGGGAGGGGCGGGGCGUGUGCCGUUGGGAUGUAGUACCGCUGUCUCCCGCUAGAGAGCGGAAAUGGUCGGAAGGGUUUGGGGGGGUCACAGUUGAGGAGGAGACGCCGAGCGAAUAGCAGAGCAGGGCGGGCUGGCCUUGACGGAGGUGGUGCCAACGUCAGUGUCCACGGUCUCUUUGUACACAGGCGCAGCAGAGACACGGGGGAAACCACGCUGUCUUCUCACACACCCUCAACCUCACUGAGGACUCCGCGUGGCUGACACCGCGGACCCACCUGCACUUAGACUGACGAAGAAGAAGAAGAAGAAGAAGAAGAAAGAGGAAACUCCAGCAAACAUGUCUGCUUUGAAAAAGAGAAACUCGAAUUCCUUUGCGGACAAGGAAGAGGACAAACAUGUCACGGAGAGGAUGCUGCCCGUCGGGGAGACGACAAACUCCGGGGCUCAGGGAGCCGGAGGGGAGGAAGAAGGGGUCGUCCUGAAGAGGACCAUCACCCUGGUCAACGGCGUGGCCAUUAUCGUUGGCACGAUCAUAGGCUCGGGCAUCUUCAUCACACCCACCGGCGUCGUGAGGGAGGCAGGCUCGGUGGGUCUGUCCCUGAUAGUGUGGGCAGUGUGCGGCGUCUUCUCCACGGUGGGCGCCCUCUGCUACGCGGAGCUGGGCACCACCAUCACCAAGUCCGGCGGGGACUAUGCCUACAUCCUGGAGGUGUACGGCUCCCUGCCGGCUUUCCUCAAACUCUGGAUCGAGCUGCUCAUCAUACGGCCCUCGUCACAGUACAUCGUCGCCUACGUGUUCGCCACCUACCUCCUCAAACCCAUUUUCCCCGACUGUCCGGUGCCGGAGAACGGGGCUAAGCUGGUGGCCUGCCUCUGUAUCCUGCUGUUGACCUUCGUGAACUGCUACAGCGUGAAGGCGGCGACCAGGGUGCAGGACUUCUUCGCUGCAGCCAAGCUCCUCGCGCUCGCCCUCAUCAUCAUCAUCGGCUUCGUCAAGAUCGCCCAAGGUGGAACAGAUGAACUGCUUCCAGAGAAUUCCUUCGAAGGCUCCCACUAUGACGUUGGGAAGAUUGGCCUGGCGCUGUACAGCGGUCUGUUUGCCUACGGUGGUUGGAACUACUUGAAUUUUGUUACAGAGGAAAUGAUUGAACCUUUCAAAAACCUUCCCAGAGCCAUCAUCAUCUCUCUGCCCAUAGUCACAGUAGUGUACGUUCUGACCAACCUGGCGUAUUUCACCACCCUCUCCCCAGAUGAGAUGCUCAACUCGGAGGCCGUCGCUGUGGAUUUCGGUAACCGUCACCUGGGUGUGAUGGCCUGGAUCAUUCCGGUGUUUGUCGGCCUGUCCUGCUUUGGAUCAGUCAACGGAUCUCUCUUCACAUCGUCCAGGUUAUUCUUUGUGGGCUCACGGGAGGGUCACCUGCCCAGUCUGUUGUCCAUGAUCCACCCCACUCUGCUCACCCCACUGCCCUCACUUCUAUUCACGUGUUUGAUGACGCUGCUGUACGCCUUCUCCACGGACAUCUACUCCGUCAUAAACUUCUUCAGCUUCUUCAACUGGCUCUGCAUCGCCAUGGCGAUCAUCGGGAUGAUGUGGCUGCGUUACAAGAAGCCAGAGAUGGAGCGACCCAUCAAGGUAAAUAUUCUGCUGCCAGUGACCUUCGUGAUGGCCUGCUUCUUCCUCGUCGUCGUCUCCUUCUGGAAGACUCCCAAAGAGUGCGCCAUUGGCUUCGGCAUCAUCGCCACCGGUCUGCCCUUCUACAUGUUGGGCGUGUGGUGGAAAACCAAACCCAAGUGGCUGCUGCGCGGACUCUCUUCGACGACAGCUCUGUGCCAGAAGGUGAUGGAGGUGGUGCCUCAGGAGUCGUAGAAAAACAAACAAAAACAAAAGCAUCCUCGCCUCAAACUCCAGCCGGCGACCCCGAUCAGAUCGAUGUAUGAACCGUGAUCUACGGCCUCCGACCUGACGGCUGAUGAGCAACGAUCUGUGUUGACGCCUUUCAACUCUAUCUCACACACACACACACACACACACACACACACCGCGAUGUCGAACCUGAUAAAGACUUUCUGUUUCUCUUUGGUUUAUGUUACGUUUGUUUAGUCACUAACUGUAGAAGAAGAAAUAUGCAUCUUUACUGUCUUUUUGAUGAUGCAUUUCAACUUACUGGUUUGUUUGUUUUUGUAGAUAGAGGUUUCCCACCAGUCCUUGAAGUCCGUGAGACUUUCUCAAGGCCCUUGAAAGUUUUGGAAAUUGCCCUAAAUCGACAUUGGGUUAUUGAAAGUGCUUGACUUUUGGUGCAAGGAAGAAGUGAAGUUAAUAUUUAGGUAAAUGUCUCCUCUGUUUCACGCCCGGCAUUGUUUGGGCCUAUGCAGACCAAACGUCGAGUCAUGAUCACUAGCGGUGUUGUGGACACUGUCCACUGUCAACUGUCUCUCUCAUAAAUGAGGACGGAUUUCCAACAUCUGUCUCACCAAAGACAAUUUACAAACACUGACUUUGACCCACGAUCCCAAGGACAAUCACUUGUCCAGAUACAGAAUAAAAGUGGACGCCAUCAUGCGGAGAAGUGGCUCCUCCCAUCUGAAGCUGUGUCAGCACAUUCGGUCCUUGAAUUUGAGCGGGGAAUUCGUCCAGGAAAGGCCUUGAAAAGUCCCUGAAUCUGAUGUCAACCAAGGCUUGGGAACCCCUGUAGAGAUAACUCCAUCGUGAGAGAGACGUGUUACAUUUAGGAUAAUCGUGCCUUACCGGGCAAGUGACGAACUGCCGACUGUGACAAAAGUCGCUCACCCGCUCGUGAGCUCGCUGCUUUCUUAACAACUUGUUGGGUCUUUUUAAGUUUUGUUUGCAUUUAUGUAGAAGUCGUCACUUUGUUUUCUCCGACCACUUCCGUUAAUAGUCGUGCGCUGUCACGAUCCUCAAGUUCGUGGUCGUUGUCCUAAUAAGAUUUUACCUUUUUUUUUUUUUUUUCUCCCCGGACAUACUAUGGUCCACUCGUGGUUAAAUCAAAUCCCGCCCCUUUUUUUUGUCGUCAAGGAGGUUUCAUUAGAAAAUGACACUGUGGGAAUUUACCAGAUUGGAAAGAAAACCUUACGCUUACUCAAAGUCUGGAUGUGUGUUACUGAAAUGUAAAGAAAUGUUUACACUCCACAACGUUAACCUCUUUAGGACAUUUGUCUGGAAUGGACCAGUCGUCCACUCAUGGAGACCAAAACCUGGUCCUAAUGAGGCAGAACUUCAUUUUCUUAAAGCGGUUAGAGUUUAACUGGUUAUGGAUGAUGCUUAGUUUCAGCUGUUCAAAUUAAUGGGAGUCAAUGCAGUGUCCUGAAAAGAAUAGCCGUGCACACGCGUGUGUGUGUGUGUAUUUGUGUUUUCUUGUAUGGCUAUCUUUGUGAGGACCGGAAAAUGUAUAAACCAUUGGGAGUGAGAGUGAUCCUCAAGUUAAUACUUGGUUUUCGGGUUAGAACUGGGUUACAGUUAGGCAUUUAGUUGUGAUGGUUAAGGUUAGGGUAAGCGGCUAGGGACUACAUCAUGUCCGAGUGUCCACACCAAGACUUCUUGUACGUACAUCUUUGUGAGGACCAAAAAGCUUAUAAACCACAGGAAUCAAGGACUUUUAUUGUGAAAGUGAGGACAUUUUAUGUUCUGUUGCCCACAUUUUGAGGGUAAAGACUUGAUGCAUCAUGUCUUGAGUGUCCUCACUGCAACUUCUUGUAUGUAGAGGACCAAAAAACGUGUAAACCACAGGAAUCAAGGACUUUUAUUGUGAAAAUGAGGACUCCGCUCUUGGGUUAAUGUUAGCGUUGGUUUAACGGUUAGAUUCAGUCACUUAGUUGUGACGGUUAUGGUUCUGGGUCAAAAACUAAAGAAUGAAUUAUGUCUUUGUCUAUGCGUGUCCUCAUGAAGAAUGCUGUACAAGUGUGUGUGUGUGUGUGUGGAUUGUUAAUGUGCUUCAGUACAUCGAGAGAAAUCCUCAAAAGGAAAUAGGAAAAAUGUUUUUGUUUAUUUUGUUUGGCGGGGGUGGGAGGGGUUGAAAUGUCAAAGGAAAAACAUCAGAUCUCAAUAUGAACUAUUCUUCUUCUUUUCUUUUUUUUAUCCGCACACAUCAUUCCGUUUUUAUUUCCUCACUCCUCCAGAAACAAGAGUUACUGCUGUAUUACUAACGUCCACCCUCGUCCUGCAACGGAAAAAAAGUACGUGACCAUGGCUCCGCCGUAUCCAUAGCGACGGUGACUUGCGAUGCGACCCCCUGUGUAGAGGGCGGUUUGGAGUUGUUACCAUGGAGACAGAAUGCAGGACAGGUUUAAUGUGUAUGUCUUAGCACCAGAAACUUUUCUAACACUCCAGCCAUCGCGCUUCGUCGAUGGCGGGGGGGAAACUAACUUGAUGUAGGAUUUAGGACUUAGAAAGCUAAUUUAUUUAUUUUUUUAGGAGACUUUUGUUCGUUUAUUGUUUAGUCACUUUAAUUUUGUUUACAGGACAUUUUGUGGAAAGUGCUUUAUGAAUAAAUCUCGAGUUUUUUUCCAUCCUUA